AUGAAAUAUACGUUCCCAGUUUCAACCCAAUUUAAUCGUAACAUUAAUGCAAGUUCAAAUGUAAAACAUGCUAUGCAAACAGCAUACGACGCUGAUAAAGAUUAUUGGUCCUUGAAGACCACAAUUGAUGAUAUCAAAGCAAAAUAUGGAUUAGGUGGUAAUAGAAUUAAAGAUCCAAAUUUAGAAUCAAACUCGGAUUUGGAAUUAGAAGUUGACUCAAAAAUUGCAGAUAUAAAAAAACUUGAUAAGAUCCAACAAUUGUUGGAAAACGCUGCUCAAGAUUUAUCCAAUUAUAUUUCAACUUCGUCACCAACAAUUUUUAAUUCCAUUAAACAUGCCAACAAGGAUGAAAACGAAAAGGCAUUGUGGCUUGUUGAAGAUGAUGAUGUUUCCGGUUAUGCUGAAGAGGCAAUAAAAAAUUUUAGGGAAAACAGAGUCGCAGGAAAUGUAAACUUGAAUGCUUAUUCUUUGGAAGAUGGCGGCAAAGAAGAAAAAACUCCUGUUGGCUUUAGUCAAGAUUUAUAUAGUCCAAAAUUAUAA